CCAUUGCUAAUGAGCCGAUGUCUGAUAAACCAGAAGCAGGAGAUUACUUCAAGAAAGUGUCGGCUCACGCAAGAAGUCUCGACAAAACCCGUCCCAUAACCGGUGCCAUUGAUGCUGACUAUAAAACAGACCAAAUGUCUCAGUCUUUAGACGUACUGAUGAUUAACAGGUAUUACGGCUGGUAUUCAGACUGUGGUUAUCCGCAAGUAAUUGAAAAGCAAGUGAACACUGAAUUCAAUAACUGGUACAACACCCAUAAAAAGCCAAUUAUGAUCGCAGAGUACGGCGCCGAUACAUUGGCCGGUAUACAUAUGGAACCUUCAUAUGUAUUCUCCGAAGACUAUGAAUCCGAGUUUCUAAUGAAUUAUCACAAAGCGUUUGAUGGACUCAGAAAAGAGGGCUUCUUUGUCGGGGAACUGGUCUGGAAUUUCGCUGACUUCAUGACCGGACAGAGCCAUCAGCCGAAGCCUGCCACUCAAACAUCAGAUGGUGGUACUGAUAGAGUGAUCGGCAAUCGGAAGGGUAUAUUCACUCGGGAAAGACAGCCCAAAGCCGCUGCCCGUCUCCUUCGGUGCCGUUACUGGAAUUUGGCUCCACUUAAUCUAUGGAGUGUGAGUACAGCAUUAUAUCCACGAGAGUCUGAGACCAGAGAUUUGAAACUAUUGGACGGCUUUUGGAACUUUCGGGUCAUUACUGUAGACGAGGACCAAAAUGUUGGCUUCACUGACAAGUGGUAUACAAAACCACUGACAGGAGAUGUGAUCCCAAUGCCGGUGCCGUCGAGUUAUAACGACAUAACUCAGAGCAGAUACUUACGAGACUACGCGGGAUGGGUUUGGUAUGACUCGUCAUUCUUCGUGCCUCAAGAAUGGAAAGACAGUUCAGUUGUCCUUAACUUCGGGGGCGCUAACUAUGAGACCAUUGUAUACGUAAACGGAAAGAAUGUGAUGAACCAUACGGGCGGACACUUACCCUUUGAAGCAUAUGUGACGGAUGGCCUUAACUAUGGGGAAAGCAAUAGAAUAACUGUGGCUCUGAGUAAUGUCUUAACUCAGGAGACUAUACCCCAGGAGUAUGUGACGAAUGGCCUUAACUAUGGGGAAAGCAAUAGAAUAACUGUGGCUCUGAGUAAUGUCUUAACUCAGGAGACUAUACCCCAGGGUCUGGUGGCCUAUAAGAAUGAUACGAAAGGAUUAUAUCCCAAAGGAUUUUAUAUAACAAAAACAAAUUUCGAUUUUUUCAAUUAUGCGGGAAUUCACAGACAUGUCACCCUUUAUGCCUUACCUAAGGACCACAUAAACGAUAUAACAGUUACCACUGAUAUCAAAGACACCAAAACAGGAAUUAUUAACUAUUCAGUCACUCAUAGCGAUCAGACCUCCAAAGCUGAGUGUGUUGUCGAUGUGUUGGAUAAAAAUGGGAAAGUUGUUUCAUCAGGUAAAGGGUAUUCAGGAUCAAUUACUAUAGAAAAUGCUAUAUUCUGGUGGCCCUAUACUGUUGAUCCCAAUCCUGGAUAUCAAUACACUUUGAAAGUGUCUCUAACAGAGAGCGGAAAAACAACUGAUGUUUACUAUCAAAAAGUUGGGAUCAGAACUGUUAAGGCGACCGAAAAAGAGUUCUUAAUAAACGGGAAAUCAUUUUAUUUCACGGGAUUUGGCAAACAUGAAGACGAAAAUAUAAGAGGAAAGGGAUUGGAUUUAGCAAUGAUGGCGAAGGACUUCAAUCUAAUCAAAUGGAUUGGCGCCAACUCUUUCCGUACCUCUCAUUACCCGUAUUCAGAGGAACUGAUGGAUAUGGCGGACGAAGAGGGGAUUGUCGUCAUCGAUGAGUGUCCGGCUGUAGAGUUGGCUUCUUUUGAUGACGUCCUACUGAAACAACAUUUGGUGACAAUCACUGAAAUGAUUCAAAGGGACAAAAACAGUAAAACAGGCCAUCAGUGGUCAUGUGGUCCAUUGCUAAUGAACCAAGUUCAGAUAAACCCGCAGCAAAAGACUAUUUCCAGAAAGUAUUACGGCUGGUAUUCAGAUUGCGGUUAUCCGCAAGUCAUUGAAAAGCAAGUGACCACUGAUUUUAAUAAUUGGUAUAAUCAACACAAAAAGCCAAUUAUGAUCUCAGAGUACGGCGCCGACACUUUAGCCGGUAUACAUAUGGAACCUUCAUAUGUAUUCUCCGAAGACUAUGAAUCCGAGUUUUUAAUGAAUUAUCACAAAGCGUUUGAUGGACUCAGAAAAGAGGGCUUCUUUGUCGGGGAACUGGUCUGGAAUUUCGCUGACUUCAUGACCGGACAGAGUCAUCAACCAAACCCUCCGACCCAAACUUCAGAUGGUGGUACCGAUAGAAUCAUUGGCAACCGGAAGGGUAUAUUCACUCGGGAAAGACAGCCCAAAGCCGCUGCCCGUCUCCUUCGUACAGCACUUUAUCCGCGAGAAUCCGAGACCAGAGAUUUGAGACUUUUGGACGGCUUUUGGAACUUUCGGGUCAUUCCCUUAGAAAAGGAUCAGAAUAUAGGGUUCACUGAGAAAUGGUACACAAAACCAUUACAAGAGUCUGGGGAAGUGAUGUCAAUGCCGGUGCCCUCCAGUUAUAACGAUAUCACACAAAAUCGGUUCAUCCGAGACUACGCGGGUUGGGUCUGGUAUGACAGGACUUUCUUCGUGCCCAACAUCUGGAAGAGUAAAUCAGUUACUCUUCACUUCGGAAGCGCUCACUACGAGACUGUUGUCUACUUGAAUGGCGAGAAUGUGUUGAACCAUACGGGCGGACACGUACCCUUCCAAGCAUAUGUCACACAAAAUCUUAAAUAUGGAGAAAACAAUAUAAUCACCGUGGCCAUCAAUAAUAUACUGUCCACAACUACUAUCCCACAGGGAGGUGUCAACUAUAAGACCGAUGAAACUAAAUACCCCAAAGGAUUUUAUGAGACAAAAACUAACUUUGAUUUUUUCAAUUAUGCGGGUAUUCACAGACAUGUCUCACUCUAUGCCUUACCUAAGGAUCAUAUAAACGACAUAACAAUCACUACUGAUAUUAAAGACAAAACAGGAAUUAUUAACUAUUCAGUCACUCAUAGCGAUCAGACCUCCAAAGCUGAGUGUGUUGUCGAUGUGUUGGACAAGACUGGCAAAGUAGUCUCAUCAGGUACUAAAGGGCUUACGGGAUCAAUAUCUAUACCAAACGCUAUACUCUGGUGGCCCUAUACUGUUGAUAAAGAUCCUGGAUAUCAAUACACUUUGAAAGUGUCUCUAACAGAGAGUGAAAAGACAACUGAUAUUUACUAUCAAAAAGUUGGGAUCAGGACUGUUAAGGCGACUGAAAAAGAGUUCUUAAUAAACGGAAAACCGUUUUAUUUCACGGGAUUUGGCAAACAUGAAGACUCUAACAUUAGAGGAAAGGGUUUGGAUUUACCGAUUAUGGCGAAGGACUUCAAUCUAAUCAAAUGGAUUGGCGCCAACUCUUUCCGUACCUCUCAUUACCCGUAUUCAGAGGAACUGAUGGAUAUGGCAGAUGAAGAGGGGAUUGUCGUCAUCGAUGAGUGUCCGGCUGUGGGUCUUGCGUUCAAAAAUGAAUCAAAGGAUCCGAAAGCAAACGACCCUUUGCUUAAACAACACAAACAAACGAUCACUGAAAUGAUCCAAAGGGACAAAAACAGGCCAUCGGUGGUUAUGUGGUCCAUUGCCAAUGAACCAGGGUCCGAAAGACCAGAAGCUAAAAAUUAUUUUAAACAAAUCGCUGAUCACACCAAGAGUUUAGACUCGCGCCCAAUAACGGGCGCCUGUAAUAAGGACUACAAAGUUGAUAACAUGGCUCUGGUUAUAGACGUAUUGAUGAUCAACAGGUACUGGGGCUGGUAUCAGGACACGGGAUACGUGCAGUCAAUUGAGAAGAACUUAGUCAGCGAUUUCUCCAAUUGGUUCGACACACACAAGAAGCCAAUCAUGAUCUCAGAGUACGGCGCCGACACUGUGGCCGGUCUUCACAUGAAGAACUUAGUCAGCGAUUUCUCCAAUUGGUUCGACACACACAAGAAGCCAAUCAUGAUCUCAGAGUACGGCGCCGACACUGUGGCCGGUCUUCACAUGGAUCCGCCAUUUGUCUGGUCUGAAGACUAUCAGUCGGAGCUGUUUAAGGAGUUUUUCAAAGCUUUCGAUGAAUUGCGAGCCAAAGGCUUCUUUGUGGGCGAACUCAUCUGGAAUUUCGCAGAUUUUAUGACAGGAGAGAGUACGAGUCGGUUGAUUGGUAACCGGAAAGGCAUAUUCAGUCGCGAGCGUCAACCCAAAGCCGCGGCCCGAACAGGAGAUGUGAUCCCAAUGCCGGUGCCGUCAAGUUUUAACGACAUAACACAGAGUCGAUUCAUCCGAGACUACGCGGGUUGGGUGUGGUAUGACCUGUCAUUCUUCGUACCCCAGGAAUGGAAAGACAAAUCAGUGACACUUCGCUUCGGAAGCGCUCACUACCAGACAAAUGUCUAUUUGAAUGGCGAGAAUGUGUUGAACCAUACGGGCGGACACUUACCCUUCGAGACAUAUGCGACCAAAGUCUUGAAAUAUGGAGAAAAUAACUUAAUAACAGUGGCCAUCAAUAAUAUACUAUCGGCCACUACUAUACCUCAGGGAUCAGUUACCUAUAAGAAUGACACAAAACUAUUCCCGAAAGGGUUUUAUGAAACAAAAACCAAUUUUGAUUUCUAUAAUUAUGCGGACCACAUAAGCGACAUAACAGUCACAACAGAUAUUAAAGACACCAAAACAGGUGUUAUUGAAUAUUCAGUCCUUCAUAGCGAACAGACCUCUAAAGCCGAGUGUAGUGUCGAUGUCUUUGACAAAAAAGGCACAAAAGUGGCGUCAGGAACAGGGUAUACAGGCACAAUUACUAUACCAAACGCUACAUUCUGGUGGCCCUAUACCGUGGACCCCAAUCCCGGAUAUUUAUAUACUUUGAAAGUGUCUCUAACAGAUGGUGGAAAAGUAACUGAUAUUUACUAUCAAAAAGUUGGGAUCAGAACUAUUAAGGCAACAGAAAAGGAGUUUUUGAUAAACGGAAAACCAUUUUACUUCAGAGGGUUUGGCAAACAUGAAGACGCGAACAUUAGAGGAAAGGGAUUGGAUUUACCGAUAAUAGCGAAGGACUUCAAUCUAAUCAAAUGGAUUGGCGCCAACUCUUUCCGUACCUCUCAUUACCCGUAUUCAGAGGAACUGAUGGAUAUGGCGGACGAAGAGGGGAUUGUCGUCAUCGAUGAGUGUCCGGCCGUUGGUUUAAACGCUUUUAACGACGCCCUAUUGAAACAACAUUUGGUGACAAUCACUGAAAUGAUUCAAAGAGACAAAAACAGGCCAUCAGUGGUCAUGUGGUCCAUCGCUAAUGAGCCGCAAUCCGCCAAAAAAGAGGCGGAAGACUACUUCAAGAAAGUGUCGGCUCACGCAAGAAGUCUCGACAAAACCCGUCCCAUAACUGCUGCCAUUAAUCAGGAUUAUAGCAAUGAUAAAAUGUCUCAAUCUUUAGACGUACUGAUGAUUAACAGGUAUUACGGCUGGUAUUCAGACACUGGUUAUCUGGAAGUAAUUGAGAAACAAUUGACCACUAAUUUUAUCAAUUGGUAUAAUACACACAAAAAGCCAAUUAUGAUCUCAGAGUACGGCGCCGACACUUUGGCCGGUUUGCAUCAGGACCCGGCAUAUGUAUUCUCGGAAGACUAUGAAUCCGAGUUUCUAAUGGAUUACCACAAAGCGUUUGACACGUUAAUAGCUCAGGGAUUCUUUGUUGGCGAACACAUCUGGAAUUUCGCUGAUUUCAUGACCGAUCAAACGAUCAGUCGUGUAAUCGGUAACAGGAAAGGCAUAUUCACUCGGGAACGACAGCCCAAAGCGGGUGCGAGAAUCCUUCGGUGCAGGUAUUGGAAUUUAGCACCACUUAAACCACAACAACAUUCCGGUCUUUCCUACUGUCCUGUUGUCUAA